AAAUCUGAUCCGAUGGCUUGCGUUCGAGGCCGCUUCCGCAUGCUGCGGCCCUUGGCGCCGCUCAAACACCGACGACGAACGCAACCCACCCGCGAGCAGUCGUCGUCGGCCGCCUGGGCCGCGCUGGACAGCAUCGAGACGACGGAGCGCGUGCGCGUGGCGGGCCUCCUGAAUGCCAUGGCGGGCCUCGCGGGGCGGCGCGGCUUCGAGAGCUUCGACUUCGAGGACAUCCGGCCGAACUCCAUGAACCCGCACCGCGGCGCCUGGCGGAGCGACGUGCGCCUGCCGCUGAGCGGCAACGGCGGAGAGGCGCUCGUGCGCUACGUGCUCCGGGGCUCGCGGCUGACGGCGGGCGACGUCGCGCUGCUCAUGGACGCGGGCGCGGCGGCCCUGGGCAAGGAGCCGCGGGUCGAGGACUACGUGGUCUCCGGCCGCGCGACGGUCGUCGGCGACCUCCACGGGUCGCUCGGCGACCUGGGAGCCGCGAUGGAGCUCGCGGGCCGGCCGUCGCCGAGCAAUCUGGUCGUGUUCAACGGCGACUUCGUGGACCGGGGCCCCGACGGCGUCGAGGUGCUCUGCGCCGUGGUGGCGCUGAAGCUCGCCUUCGGGCCCUGGGUGCACCUGAACCGGGGCAACCACGAGGACGCGUCGCUGUCGCGGGUGUACGACUUCGAGGGCGAGCUCGUGGCCAAGUACGGCGACGAGGCGGCGCCGCUGCUCGAGAAGGCGUCGGAUUUGUUCGCGGCGCUCCCGCUGGCCUGCGUGCUCGAGGCGGGGCGGUCCAAGACGCUCGUGCUGCACGGGUGCGUGCCGCGCGACCUGCCGCCGCUCGCCGCGAUCCGCGGCGCGGGCCGCGUCGUGAGCUGCGCGGCGGCGCACUACGACGAGAACGCGACGCCCGACGAGCGCCUCGUCCAGGACGUGCUCUGGUCCGACCCGAGCGGCGAGGUCUGGGAGCCCGCGGGCGUGCCGAACUGGAGCCGCGGCGGCGCCGGCUGCGUCGUCGGCGACGAGGCGCUCUCCGCCUGGCUCGCGCGCGAGGGCGUGACGCGGCUCGUGCGGUCCCACGAGACCGUCGCGACGGGCGCCGAGGUCGCGGACCUGGGCGCCGGCCGCGAGCGGUGGACCGUCUUCUCCGCGUCGCGGUACCCGCACCGCGAGGGCCUGAACAAGGCCGCGGUGCUCGUCGUCGACGACCUCGGCGGCGUGGCGCCGCGGCGCUGGGACGCGGGCGAGGGCGUCGAGAGCCGCGCGGACCCCGAGGCCGUGGAGAAGCGCGUCCGCGCGGCGCUCUGGCGCCACCGCGCGCCGCUGCGGGCCGCGCUCGCGGAGGCGGGGUCCCUCGCCGCGGCGGCGGACGCCUGCGCGGCGGUCGUCGGCCAGCCGUCGAUCGUCUGGCGCGACGCGCUGCUGCCGCCGCUGGGCCGCCCGUCCGAAGGGGGAUCGUGGGCGGACGCGCUCCUCGACCCGAGCCGGCGGCGCAGCCUCGGGCCCUUCAAGCAGCCGCGGCGGUCGCCGACGUCGCGGGCGGCGAACGGGCUCUUCGACCUCAUGGACGCGGACCACGACGGCGUCCUCACCGCCGACGAGUUCUUCGCGGCCGUCGCCGCCGUCAACGCCGCGCUGCCCGCGGAGCGGCGCAUCGACGGCGAGUCGGUCUGGGGGCUCCUCGACAGCAACGGCGACGGCGCGCUCGACAAGAGCGAACUGGCCGAGGCGCUGGACCGGCGACUGGCGGGC